AGGGACCACUUCCAUUUUAAAGCAGGACAAGAAACCAGAGUGCUCAUUAUAAUAGUUUCCUGCUUCUCAGCCCUUCUCUGAAGCUUAAGAAUCCAAAUCUAAAACAUUAUGGCUGUGGAGGGAGGAAUGAAGUGUGUGAAGUUCCUGCUUUUUUCCUUCAACUUUGUUUUCUUGCUUUGUGGCCUGGCUGUCAUCGUAGUGGGAGUUGUGGUAGGGGCAACUCUGAGCAGCCUUCCUGAGAGUGAGCAGGAGGCUAGCAAAGGGUCCUCCACUGUGAUUACCGUGGUAGGUGUUGUCAUCUUCUUCAUCGCCUUCUUCGGUUGCUGUGGCGCAUGGAAAGAGAACUACUGCAUGGUCACGACGUUUGUCAUCCUGCUCUCCCUCGUCUUGAUCACUGAAAUUUUGUUAUCCAUUGGUGGAUAUGUCUUAACUAACACGAUGCUCGUUAUUAUGGAUGAGGGCCUGCAGGAAAUGAUCAGCGAGUACGAAACAAAUGAAGAGUUUAAGGAUGGCAUGGACAAAAUGCAGCAAAUGCUGAAAUGCUGUGGAGGAGUGAAUGUCUCCGACUGGGCGGACUUCCAGGCUGACGGUAUCUCCGUCCCUGACUCUUGCUGCAGGAACAUCACACUGAACUGUGGAAUCGGAGCCAUGAACAACGGCAACGAAAUCUACACAAGAGCUUGUGGGACUGCUCUGGAGAAUUUGAUCAAGCUAGUCAGGUGCUGGUUUGGAGUAGCAGCUCUUGUUAUUGCCUUCAUAGAGAUCUUGGCUGUUGUGUUUGCCUGUACGCUGAUGAGGGGGAUCCACAAAGGCUACGAGAAUCAAGAGGUCUCGCUGUCAUAGCAUGAAGAUGAACUACGCAAAACCACCAUGCAGCUGAUAAGAGACCCUGCGUUUUUCUGCAGUUGUCAGAGACGUGCCUGGCCAGUAUCAGGAUAGUACAGUGUAGCCCUCAUGUUGAGUGAAUGACCUUGAAGUUCUAAGUAUAUGAAAGGAGAUGAUGCUAACGUUCUUAUUUUUUAGACUUUUAAAAGGGCAAAAAAUCAUUCUGUUUACAUGGAGUUUUGCCUUUUUUUUUUUGUCCUUAUGAACAUUCAUGGUCAGAAUACUAUGGUCAGGGGUGCCAGGUCCUCAAGACAACAAGCCAAGUUGCCAAAAAUUUCACAAAAACCUAAAGAUCAGUAAAACCAGUUCAAAUCCACAACUUAAAAUGUAACCCUUCCAAAGCACGUCAUUACCAGAAGUAGUGUAAUAUUUAUGAAGUAACAUUGUACAAUACACUGUAAUGAAGCAAUAUUAAAACAACAGAUUUCCUAAAUAUCAGAUAUACAAGAUCAUUUUAGGACAUACAAUGGAUAUACAAAGUCUACACACUCCUGUUAAAAUGGCAGGGUUUUGUGAUGUAAAAAAAGAUACCGAGAUAAAUGUGCACACCCCUAUACAAAGUUGAAGUACUUUAAUUUUUAUCGCAGAAUUCAAUCUUUUUGGGUAUGAGUCAAUCAGUUUGGCACAUCUUGACUUGGCAAUAUCUCUUUCUUGCAAAAACAUGCUAGAUCCAAUAAAUUGUGAGGGCAUCUCCUGUGCACAGCCCGCUUCAGGUCACCCCACAGAUUGUUAGUUGGAUUCAGGUCUGGGCUCUAGCUAGAUCUUUCAAAAACAUUGAUCUUCUUUUGGUCGAGCCAUUCCUUUGUUGAUUUGGAUGUAUGCUUUGUAUUACUUGUCUGAAAGGUGAAAUUAUUUUUCUUCUUCAGCUUACUAGCAGACACCUGAAGGUUUUGCAGUAAAAUCGAAUGGUAUUUGUAGCUAUUCAUGAUUCCCUCCAUCUUGAUUUAAAAAAAAAAAAAAAAAGUCAUUCACAAUCAAAAAAAACAUUCACAUUUAAAAAAAGUCACAAACUUCUUACUGCUUACUUAUAUUUUCUUAUGCUAGAGUAUCUAACAUGGAGCGAUUUCUUGAAAUUUAACCAAAAAUCACCUGAGACAGUUUGAUGUUUUUUUAUUAUUAAAAAAAGCAAAGGGUUGUCACAUCAGAUAUUGACUUUGGUUAAUUUAUUACUGUUUCCUGUUCUUUAUAGUGUAUAUAUUAUGUAAAAACUUUCGAAAGUUAUGUAAAAAAUUUCGAAAGCAUGUUUGUCUUUCAGCAUUUCUUUGCAUGUGCCUGAGACUUCUGUACAGUACUGUAUAUCUCCACACAAGGACACUAACUCGUGUAAAUGAAGUCGACCCCGCAGAAAAAUCAUUAAAGUACUGAUGUACACAGUUAGAAUGAUUUGCUCCAUGUGUUGGGUUGAUUUAUAGUAAUGUAAUAAACAGCUUGGAGUUUAUUAUGUUUUUGCUUCCCUCAGUUUAGACAGCUGUAACUGAUAAGCCUCUGUAAAUGUACUUUGAUAUUAUAAAGCCGUGUUGCCAAUUCUACUAUAUAAAGAAUAUAACUAUUUUUUAUUUCACGUAUAAA